AUGUCUUGGCUGCGCAACCGUUUCUCCAAGGCUCACAGAAGCCGCAAGGAGUCGUCGCAACAGAUCCAGCUCAGGGGACCUGAGAGGCAGGAACCCGGCAGCCCGACGCCCGUGAAUGCGAUCCUGUUCCAGGGUUUCCAGUGGUACACGCCGGGUGGGCACUGGACCCGCCUAUCUGCAGCGCUGCAGACUUAUGCCGAUCUGGGCAUAACCUCAAUAUGGCUGCCGCCCGGCUGCAAAGCCAACCAGCCCGACGGUAACGGCUACGACUGCUAUGACCUCUGGGACCUCGGCGAAUUCGACCAGAAGGGUGCCCGGUCCACGAAAUGGGGCUCGCGCGAGGAGUUGCGCGAUCUCAUGGACAAGGCCAAGAGCCUGGGGAUCGCCAUCGUCUGGGACGCCGUGCUCAGUCACAAAACUGCCGGAGAUAGCACCGAGGAGUGCUGGGCGGUCGAGGUUGAUCCAGAAGACCGCCGCGUCGAAACCACCAAACCCAGGAAGAUCGAACCCUGGAUCCACUACUCAUUCCCAGGGCGAGGUGACAAGUACAGCAGCCUGAAAUGGCACUGGCAGCACUUCAAUGGCACGGAUUGGGACCAGCGAGCGGAGCGGCACGCCAUCUACAAGAUCAUCGACCCGCCCGACGCGAAGGGGAGGCGGCCGUCGAAGCAGCACCGCAAGGACUGGGCGCCAGACGUCGACGACGAGCUGGGAAACUACGACUACCUCAUGUUCACCAACAUCGACUACUCCAACGCCGAGGCGCGGCAGGACGUGCUGGACUGGGGUGCGUGGAUGGUGACGGACGUCGGAGUCAACGGUUUCCGCCUUGACGCCUUCAAGCACGUGUCCUGGCACUUUGCGCGCGACUGGACCGCCCACGUCAAGGCCGCCGCCGCCGCCGCCAACAAGGACGUCUUCGUGCUGGGCGAGUACUGGACGGGCGACGUCGACAAGCUGAUCAAGUGGGUCGACCGCGUCGGCAACAACGCCCACGCCUACGACGCCCCGCUGCUCAACAACUUCUCGGCCCUCUCGCUCGCCGCCAGCAAGCGGCCCUCGACCCUGACGCCGGCCCCGGUCAUCGACAUGCGCACCCAGAUCUACAAGAACACGCUCGUGGCCGCGCGCCCCGCCAACACCGUCACCAUGGUGGCCUCGCACGACACGGCCAAGGGCCAGAUGCUGGAGACACCCGUCACCCCGUGGUUCAAGCCGCUCGCCUACGCCCUGAUCCUGCUGCGCCGCGACGGCCUGCCCUGCGUCUUCUACGGCGACUUGCACGGCAUGAUGGGCCCCUUCCCGGCCCCGCCCGCCUGCGCCGGCAAGCUGCCCCUCCUGCUGCUGCUGCGCCGCUUCUUCGCCUACGGAGAGCAGACUGACUACUUUGACGCUCGCACGAGCGCCGGUUGGGUGCGGCACGGCACGUGGGACCGCCCGGACGGCUGUGUCGUGGUGAUGAGCGUGAUGGGGGCGACGAAGAAGGGCAUGCCGGAGAAGUUCAAGUUAUAG